AUGGUCAGAGUCUACAAGCCAGGAAAGGUUGCAAUCGUUCUCCAAGGGCGCCAGGCCGGAAAGAAGGUCGUCGUCAUUAAACAGCUAGAUGAGGGAACUAAGGAGCGACCAUACCCCCACGCCAUCGUCGCCGGUGUAGAACGCUACCCACGAAAAGUAACAAGACGUAUGGGCCAGAAAAAGGUUGCGCGCCGCAGCAAGGUCAAGCCAUUCGUGAAGGUCGUCAACUACUCGCAUUUGUUCCCCACGCGAUACGCUUUGGAACUCGAGGGAUUGAAGGGUGUAGUUUCAUCGGAGACUUUCAAGGAGCCAACACAACGAGAGGAGGCGAAGAAGACCGUCAAGAAGCUCCUGGAGGACCGGUAUGUUAGUGGCAAGAACAAGUGGUUCUUCCAACCACUCAGAUCGCCUGCCUUCCCCUUAUCCACUGAAUCGACACGCCAGCCUGACACCAUGUUUGGAGCAUUUGGGAACACAGCGAACAAUGCAACACCUGCGGCGGGAACCUCACUCUUCGGUGCUACAUCCAAUGCUCAGCCUCAGCAGCCCCAGCAGCAAACAGGCUCGCUGUUUGGGAAUACUCAGAAUCAGCAACAGCCGUCGCUAUUCGGGGCCACCAAUACGGGAAAUGCUCCCAAUCUGUUUGUGAACACUCAAGCGCAGCCAGGUGGCGGACUCUUCGGUCAGAACAACGCGCAGACACAGAAUCAAGGGUCGGGCGGAGGCAGCUUGUUUGGGGGCCAGCAGGCUCAGCAGCAGCAGCAGCAACCCGGGACGAGUUUGUUUGGUAGUACCAACACAAACCAGCCUCAACAACAGCAGGGGACAAAUCUUUACGGUGCCCCAGCUCAACAGACUCAACCAGCGGCCCCUGGCGGAUUGUUCGGGAGCAAGCCUGCCGGAUCCCUCUUCGGCCAAGGAGGCCUCAGCAUCAAUACGAAUACGAGCCAAGGUAAUAAUACGAACAGCAACUCAUUAUUUGGCUCCGUCGGACAGUCAACACAGCAGCAACAGCAACAGCAACAACAACAACCCGCUGCUAACAAUAUCUUCGGCCAGCCACAACAACAAGGGGGACAAACGUCAUUCGGGUCGAACCUUGGUCAAUCUACUAUUGGCAACCCAACGAAUUCGCUCUUCGGGGGUAGCAACUUAGGUUCCAGCACUCUCGGGAACCUAGGACAGUCAAACCUUGGUGCAAGCAGCCUCCUGUCCCGAGCACCGUCAUCUACACAGCAAAACCAACCCGAUUCAGCUCAGGCCCAAUUUGCGAAACUAACUGCGCAAAUCGAGGCCAUUGCGAAUGCGUGGAACUCUUCUUCGCCGGAGUGCCGAUUCCAACACUACUUCUACAAUUUCGUGGAUCCAAACCAGGUCAGCCUGUAUGGUAGGCCGCCGAACACAGCAAACGAAGCCCUUUGGCAGCAAGCAGUCCGCGAAAAUCCAGACCCCUCCUGUCAUGUACCCGUCCUCGCCGUUGGUUUCGAUGACUUGCGCCAACGUGUUGAAGCUCAGGCUCAGAAAGCUUCUGAGCAACAGGAGCAGCUGAAGAAACUCAAAACUGGUCUUAGCAACUUAACGCAACGUCAUUCGCUGUCAAAUUCUUCCCGCCUGUUACGCGCGGCGUCCUCUCAAACACAAAUAAUGCAUCGACUUCUUACACUUAUACAACAUCUUCACUUAUUAAUUCCAAGCCUACGUUCGUCAGCUAUACGGCCUGAGGAGGAAGAGCUGAGGGGUAAGCUAGAAGAAAUCGAAGAGGAACUGAAACGAGGUAGGGGUAAAGGGAAAAUCAAUGAACUUUGGGCCUUAGUCGGAGCGAUCAACGCCGCAAAAGAACGGGCAACCGGUGGCGGUUCCAAUAGUUCGGGAGAAUGGGUGGUUGUGGAUGAAGAGGGGCUAUCCCAAAUCGCCGGCGUGUUGUCGGAGCAACAGGCGGGUUUGAUACAUCUGACGAAAAUAUUACAAAAGGCGAUCAAGGAUCUGAACGUAAUCAUGGGGCGAGGGAGUAGCGCGGCCGAUGAAGUUUAUGAAGUAGAUAGGGACGAGCUAUGGAGCUCGACGAGUACACUACGAGCGAGUGCAUUACGAUAA